CUCGUGCAGUUCACGCUGUGUUCUCUCAGUCUGAUUUUUGUUUCUCUGUUUUGUUUUUGAUUGCCAGUGAAUGGCACUUGGCACCCAGCAGCUCAAAUGAUCUUUGGAUCGAGAUGAUUUGCUUCAGCAAGAUGAAACGAUGGAGAGUGCAAACUUUAUUUCGCUUGCUUCUGUUUGUCAGUAUUGUGCCAACCUGUUGGUGUGCUCAGGGGAAAUAUGCUCAGAAGCUCCUGAAUGAUUUAUUCACCGACUAUACCAGUGCGCUGAGGCCUGUGGAGGACACAAACACAAUCCUGAACGUGACCCUGCAGGUUACACUGUCGCAAAUUAUCGAUAUGGAUGAGCGAAACCAAAUUUUGACUGCAUAUUUAUGGAUACGGCAAGUGUGGAUUGAUGCACACCUCAAAUGGAAUAAAGAUGAUUACGAUGGACUCGAUACCAUCCGCAUACCUAGUAGUUAUGUAUGGAGACCUGAUAUAGUCCUAUAUAACAAUGCUGAUGAUCAUUUCACCGGCUCCAUGGACACCAAUGUGGUGAUCCAGCAUGAUGGCCAGAUAACGUGGGAUUCCCCCGCUAUCACAAAGAGCUCCUGCAAAGUGGAUGUGUCCUUCUUCCCCUUCGACGCCCAGCAGUGCAGGUUUACAUACGGCUCCUGGACCUACAAUGGUAACCAGCUGGACAUCCUGAAUGCCUUAGAGAGUGCUGACCUGGCUGACCUGGUGGAAAAUGUGGAGUGGGAGGUGUUGGGUAUGCCAGGGAAGAAGAACAUUAUUCUGUAUGGCUGCUGUGCUGACCCUUACCCUGAUGUGACCUAUACACUGAAACUCAAGAGAAGAGCAUCCUUUUAUGUUUUUAACUUACUCAUACCAUGUGUGAUGAUCUCUUUCCUUGCUCCACUGGGCUUCUACCUGCCUGCAGACUCCGGAGAGAAGGUGUCUUUGGGUGUCACCGUGAUGCUGGCACUCACUGUCUUUCAGUUAUUGGUUGCAGAGAUCAUGCCACCUUCUGAGAAUGUCCCACUCAUUGGAAAGUAUUACAUUGCUACAAUGACCAUGAUCACAGCAUCCACUGCCCUGACCAUCUUCAUCAUGAACAUACACCAUUGUGGUCCAGAUGCCAAGCCUAUUCCCAAGUGGGCUAAGAAAGUCAUUUUGCAGUACAUGGCCAGAAUGUGCUUUGUUUAUGAAGUCGGGGAGAACUGCUUGUCACCACAGCCGGAGAAACAGGAACCUCAACGUGUAAAGAACACCAACUGCACCAUGAAUGGCCAGGCAGGACCAGGCAGAGAGGACCAUGUCUUCAAAAUGGAGAGAGGACAAGAGACAGUGGGCUCCAUGACCGCAGAGGAGAGGGAUGACAAUGAUCAGAUGAUGAGCCCAAUAGGCUCAAUCGGGAGGAACCCUACCAACAACUACAGCACUUGGAAGAACGGCAUUUUCAUGAGCAUGGACUGUGGAGAUGCGGGGGGUCCGAGGAGAUGCAGGAAGGGAGGUGUGAGUGAUGGAGAGAGAAAGGACAGAGAGGUUUCCUGCAACAGCAUAAGCAAUGAGAGGCAGCUGCUGCGUAACAUUGAGUACAUAGCCAACUGUUACAGAGAUCAGAGGGCCACGCAGAAAAGGACUGGGGAGUGGAAGAAAGUAGCCAAAGUUUUAGACCGCUUCUUCAUGUGGAUAUUUUUCAUAAUGGUGUUUUUAAUGAGCCUUCUCAUCAUGGGUAAAGCCAUCUGACUGCAGAUAUGAGAAGUUGUUAUUAAUGGCAGUGAUAAUUGAAGAAUUUGAAUUUGAAAACACAUCCUCCUCCUAUAGCUCUCCUCUUUCAUCUCUAUGUCCUAAGGCAGUCCCCCCAGGCAACCAGUAUUUCUGUGCAUGUGUUUACUUUUAUUUCAUUGUAAAGCUGCACAUGGCUCAUUUGCUCAGCCCCUCUUUGCCCCACUCUGUCUGUUUAUGAGACCACAAAUGAGAAUUAGCAAGCUAGCCACCCCAUGGUCUCUCCACCUCACUCCCUGCCAGUGUGGACUGCUUCCCUGGGAGGAGACCUGGCAGCAGCUUGGGAGACCGAGCUUCAGUCGGCUGCUGUAGCAACUCAAAUUCGGCCAGUGCACAUCCCCCAGUGCUGGGAGUCACAGCGGGCUGGUGGACAGCGGCAUCACCAAGUGUAACUUGUGUGAGAGCAUUAACAGGAAGUUUGCUGAUCUAGCAGAGAGUCUGGCCUGUCUGGUCCCAUAGCUGUGGUUUGCACUGGCUGGAUUUGGGUUACUAGGGGUUCCUAACUGAAGGGGUCCGUCUUUGGAGCUGCCGCCUGCUCUCCCUUGGGCGAAGUGUCUGUAGAGGAGAGAGGGGGGAGACAUAGUGUGAUUCGAGGCUCUGGCUACCAUUAGCUACAUAAACAUGAACUUGAAGCUGCCGCCAUGAGCUUUUAACUCCAGUUAGCAGCAGGCUAAACUAAUAGCAACAUUUUCUGUACAUUUCUGCCAUGCUUUGCCAAUACUGACACUUUUUAUUUCAUUUGUUGUAA